UCUAGAACUACAACCCCCAGAAUGCUCUUGCGCACGCGCACUGCCAUUGUGAUGCUCCUUUCCCGGUAACUCGCCCUCUCAGGCAAACCUGAAGAUAGCGGCAUUUCUCCGGUGGGGGGCGGAGACCCUCUUUGCUUGACUUCCCUCCCCCUCGCUGAUAGGCAAUGGGAUCAGCCAACCGACGUGACGGAUUCGGAACGCGGCCUCCAAUCAGCGGCUGCGGUGGAGAAGGUUAAAUGGAAGUCACCCUUGGGAGCUGGAUGCCUGUGUAGUAGAUCUACCACAUCAGGAGAUUGCGAUGAGUGGGGGAGGAGAGCAACCAGAUAUCCUCAGUGUUGGUAUCUUGGUCAAAGAAAGAUGGAAAGUGUUGAGAAAAAUAGGGGGUGGGGGCUUUGGAGAAAUUUACGACGCCUUGGACUUGCUCACCAGGGAAAAUGUUGCAUUGAAGGUAGAAUCAGCUCAACAACCAAAACAAGUUCUGAAAAUGGAAGUUGCUGUGUUGAAGAAACUGCAAGGCAAAGACCAUAUUUGCAGAUUCAUUGGCUGUGGGAGGAAUGACCGAUUCAAUUAUGUGGUCAUGCAAUUGCAGGGUCGGAAUCUGGCGGAUCUUCGUCGUAGCCAGUCCCGGGGAACAUUCACCAUUAGUACGACCCUGCGGCUGGGUAAACAGAUUCUGGAGUCCAUCGAGAGCAUUCAUUCUGUGGGCUUCUUACACCGGGACAUCAAACCGUCGAAUUUUGCCAUGGGCCGUUUUCCUAGUACUUGUAGAAAAUGUUAUAUGCUGGAUUUUGGCUUGGCUCGACAGUUUACCAAUUCCUGUGGUGAUGUCCGACCACCUCGUGCUGUGGCAGGAUUUCGAGGAACAGUCCGGUAUGCAUCAAUCAAUGCUCAUCGAAACAGAGAAAUGGGAAGACAUGAUGAUCUUUGGUCUUUGUUCUACAUGUUGGUGGAGUUCAUAGUUGGACAACUGCCUUGGAGAAAAAUAAAAGACAAGGAGCAAGUGGGUUCUAUUAAGGAGAGAUAUGACCACAGACUUAUGUUGAAACAUCUUCCUACAGAAUUUAGCAUCUUUCUGGACCAUAUCUCCUCUUUAGAUUAUUUUACUAAACCUGAUUACCAGCUUCUUACAUCCGUGUUUGACAACAGCAUCAAGACUUUUGGAGUAAUUGAGAGUGAUCCUUUUGACUGGGAGAAGAGUGGAACUGAUGGCUCCCUAACAACAACCACAACUUCCACAACCCCUCAGUUACACACUCGCUUAACACCGGCUGCAAUUGGAAUUGCAAAUGCCACCCCUAUUCCGGGAGACUUACUUCGAGAAAAUACCGAUGAGGUAUUUCCAGAUGAACAACUCAGUGAUGGAGAGAAUGGUAUUCCUGUUGGUGUAUCACCAGAUAAACUUCCUGGAUCUGUAGGACACCCUCGUCCUCAGGAGAAGGAUGUCUGGGAGGAAAUGGAUGUUAACAGGAACAAGAUAAAACUGGGGAUCUGUAAAGCUGCUACAGAAGAAGAGAAUAGCCAUGGUCCAGCAAAUGGUAUACUAAAUGCACCAAGCCUUGGUUCUCCGAUUCGUGUUCGCUCAGAGACAACCCAGCCAGAGAGAGAUGUCCCAUUGGUACGAAAGUUGCGGUCCAUUCACAGUUUUGAGUUGGAGAGGCGUCUGACCUUGGAGUCAAAGCCAGACACCGACAAGUUCCUGGAGACCUGCUUGGAGAAAAUGCAGAAAGAUUCCAGUGUGGAAAAGGAACCUGUUAUCCCUGCUUCUCUUCUUCAUAAGCCCUGCACUCCUGCUGUGACCCGCACUGACCACAUCUGGCAUUAUGAUGAAGAAUAUCUCCCGGAUGCUUCUAAACCUGCUUCUGCCAACUCCCCAGAGCAGGCAGAUGGUGGUGGCAGCAAUGGAUUUAUAGCUGUCAACCUCAGCUCCUGCCAGCAGGAGGUUGAUUCCAAGGACUGGGUGAUUGUGGACAAGGAGCGGGACCUUCAUGAUUUCAGGACGAAUGGGGCAUUAGGGCAUAAAACUGGAAGCCCUUCAGAUGAGGAACCUGAGGUGCUGCAAAUCCUGGAGGAAUCUCCUCAAGAAGAACAGCAUAAAUUAGGUCCUUGGGUAGAAGAUAGCCAUCAAAAAAAUGGAGCUCCUGAGGUGGUCUUGACUCUGUCUGUGGCGUGUCCUGGCACUGCUGUGUCAGAGCAAUAUGCAGAUAGACUAGAACUCCAGGCUGGAGCUGCUGGCCAGUUUCUUGCAGCCACGCCCACAAGCCCAAUGGAGGCUCAAGCAGAAGGACCCCUCACACCAGUUACAAUUCCCAGACCUUCUGUGGCAUCUACACAGUCUACUUCAGGAAGUUUUCAUUAUGGCCAAGCCUUGGAGAAAAAGGAUCUUCAGCCUCUGGAACAUACUGUUGAACUUUACUCUCCAAAGGAAAAUGUGUCUGCUGUAGUGGGGACAGAGGGUGAACUUCCUAGUGGUGCCAGUAGAACAGACUGGGUGCUUCCUUUGGAUCAUCUAGGUCAGGAUAAUACUCCAAGGGAAGACCUCACAAGGGAAUGUGUCAAAUCCCAAGACUUGGUUCAAAAAGAGCUGCCCGACCAUAACAUCAAAGUGGCCGCAAAAGAAUUUGAGACUCUCCCUGUUGUGGGAGCUGAAGAGAAGAGCACAGUAUUGGGUUCAGACAAUGAGGAGGAGAAAUUAGGCAAAGGGCAUUGUUUCAUUGAGAUUGCUAAUCUUCCAGGAGAUUUAGAAAGGGAGCAUUCAUCUACUCCCGAGCUUCUUGAAGAAUUCAGAACACGGACUUUCUGCUUAGUGCCAGAUCAGGACACAAAUCAUGAGAUAAUGAAGCUUCUGGCAGGUGCAACUUCAGAAAUUUCUCCAGCACGAGUCAUCCACCCACAUGGUGAAGGGCAGAUAGGUCAGGUAAUGGUACAAAAAAGCAAAUUACAAAGAGAUGAGGAUAUCAGUAAGGGGGAAGGUGUGCCCAGUCACCAAGGGGAUCUCUCUGCUUUUUUACAUCAAGAGGGUAAGAAAGAGAAGAUUUCCCCUCGAAAUGGAGAGUUGUUCCAUUGCAUUUCAGAAAAUGAACAUUCUCCCACAUCCAGGAAGGAUGUCAUUAGAUCAUCCUUUAUAACUAGACACAGUCGCAUCCCUGUUCUAGCACAAGAGAUAGACUCAACUUUCGAGUCCUCUUCUCCAGUUUCAGCGAAAGAGAAACUCCUUCAAAAGAAGGCUUAUCAGCCAGAUCUAGUGAAGCUGCUGGUGGAGAAAAGACAACUCAAGUCUUUCCUUGGUGACCUCUCAAGUGCCUCUGACAAAUCACUAGAGGAGAAGUUAGCUGGUGUUCCUGUUUCCUUUCCUGAGGAUGAAGUUUUCACUCCCUUUUCAAGACUGGCAAUAGACCCUCACUUGAGUAGGUCAGCUGAGGACAGCUUUCUGUCACCUCUCAGCUCUCAGGCUAGAAAGAGCAAAAUUCCACGGCCAGUUACGUGGGCUAAUCCAGAUCAAGUCAGUAACUCAGCCUCAGCUCAGUUCUUUCCUCGGCCACCACCUGGAAAGCCUCCAACUAGACCUGGAGUAGAAGCCAGGUUACGUAGGUAUAAAGUCUUAGGGAGCAGCAACUCUGACUCGGAUCUUUUCUCCCGUCUGGCUCAAAUUCUUCAAAAUGGAUCUCAGAAAUCUCGGGGCUCUACUCAGUGCAAGAGUCCUGGCUCCCCUCACAGUCCAAAAACACCCCCCAAGAGCCCAGUUGUCCCUCGGAGAAGUCCCAGUGCCUCUCCACGAAGCUCUUCCUUGCCCCGCACUUCAAGUUCCUCACCAUCCAGGGCUGGACGGCCCCACCAUGACCAGAGGAGUUCAUCCCCACAUCUGGGGAGAAGCAAAUCACCUCCCAGUCACUCAGGAUCCUCAUCUUCGAGGAGGUCCUGCCAACAGGAGCACUGCUGUCUUAAAUCCAGCAAGAAUGGCAUGAAAGGAUCUGGCAGCCUCUACCACCAUUCUGCCAGUCCCAAAACUCCCCAAGGGAAGAAUAAGUCAGCCAGUAAACUCAGCAGAUAGGAACCAAGCUGUGUCCCUAUCACAGGUGUGAAAUCCUCCUAAACCUGAUGCAUGUUGUGUCCGUGUACUAUAUAUUUUAAAAAAAAUCAGUGUUGACCUUCACUUGCAAAAGAAAGUAACAUAUGAUAAAUUAUUUAUGAAAAGAAUGUGUGACAAAGAAUUACCAAAAGGCAGGCAGCAAGCAGAUCAAAAAUCAAAGAGUAUAUUUGUGUGGGAAGGGGCAAUCCAGCCUCAUUGGGGUGAAAUUCACCAAGUCCAGUAAUCUUUAAUUCCUUAACUGCUUUCAAAAACAGAGUUGUGAGGGAGGCUGAAUGAAGUUUAUGGUUUUGGCCUACUAUCUAUAUAAGUUAUUUAAACAAAAUCUGAAAACUAAUAUUUUCAUUCAAGUUUUUCGCACCUUAGAGAAUCAGUAUUGCUCAGAUUAUUUUAACUUAAGAAAAUAUGCUAUCUGGAAGCCAGUGAUGAUGAGUGAGUUCUUUGAUUUCAUGUCCAUAUGGUAUGCUGGGUCAUUGUGUAACCUUUGUUCCAAGUCCAAGUGACCUCUUUGGAAUCCAAUUUCAUGAGCAAGCCCACAUACUUCAUUCUCCUUUCUCUCACCAGGCUCAUCUUUAAAAUACGUAUUUUUAACAUAUCCCAAAAGAGUUUUUAGCAGUGUUUGCUAAGACUUGACUUAGCUAUUUCAAAUCCAGAGAAAUUAGUUCCCUCAUAUUGUCCUUUGAUGCAAUAGCUGUACAAUUCAGUACUUCUUAUGGUGGCAGAUAACUAAAGACCUUCUUUCAAGAAUCUAUAGGAGAGAUGAGGGAUAUCCACAGAUUGAUUUGGAAGCCAGAAUCUUUACACUAGUAGCAACUUGGAAGAUUAUAAGAGACAUGAAAGUUCAAGUUGAGGAAUCCCCUUGCCUAUAAAUUUACCUCACUAUAACCCCAAUCCUCAUCCCCUAGUUCCUUGGAGCACCAGUUAUUUUCAAUGUCAACCCCCGAGAUGUUUCCAGAAAGAGUAAAUGGGAAAGGGACACUGGAUUGUCUCUCCAUUUUUACAUCUCAGGAUUACUUCCUCCUCCCCCCAGAAAAAGGAAUUAGGUAUGUUGUUGAAGGAGGUAAUCCUCAAACCUUACAUUUUGUAAGUUACCUAGUAACUAGAAUUGAUUGUCUGGGGAAAUAAAGCUGGAAGAUCAGGCUUAAAUAGUUAUCUUUGGUGUUUUUUUAAUCCAUCUUUUGCUCCUAGCAGGUCCUACCUCUGUGCCUCAGAUUAACAAUGUUGAGCUUCCCAUCCCAAUUUCUGUGUGGUUCCAUUUAGUAACUAUGGAGGACCUCAGUGGGAACUCUUUCAUCAUAUACUUCUCCCUGUAGAAGGGAUCAGCCAAAAUGAAACUAUUUCAGACUUUGAAUUGGCCACCUUGUACUCCACGUCCCUGGCAUGCUGGGUGGAAACCUUAUCAGGGUCAGCUAAAUGGGUCUGCUUGCUGUUGAUAUUUGCCUUCCAGCAAACAAACAUCUGUGCUUUUUUCUUUAACCUUGUGUUUGUUGCCAAACCUCAUUCCCUUGGUUUGAAAAAAAUAUUUCUUCUCUGAGUAAAAUAUGUUCCGAUGCUGCAUCAAUGUAGCCCUGAAGCUGCACUGAACUUUUUUCUUAGUCUAUGUUGGACUUAAAAAAAAAAAUUACUCUCCAUGUGUGUACUGUCUCCUAUAAGUAAUGUAGCAUAGUAAGGAACCUUAAUUUCUUUUGGGUUUCAAGCACUACAGAGGAAUGCAACAGGUAGGGAAUACCUGCUGUUCCUAAAGCAACUGUAACAUUGGCAAAACCAAUCUCUCUGUAUUAUAUUGUAUAAUAGUUGCUAUAAUAACACUUGCAUGUCUUCAUAGUAAAUUAUAUAAAUAUUUAUAAAUAUAUAUAUAUAAAUAUAGAGAGACAUAUGCGUAUAAAUUCAUUCAUUCAUUCUCCAUUUGUAAUUUAUAGACCACAGAUGGUGAAAUCCCCCUUCUAUUGCGUGCCUCAAAUAAACUUGGGCCUUGCGUCUUCAUUUUAUGAAAAUAUUUUCUUGGCAUGUGACACCUCAGAGAGAUUCUUCCAACCUUCCCUGUAUAAGGUCUAAGGGUUGACAGUUUUCAAAUAAGCCAGAUUUUAGGAGUAUAGUUUAAAUUUUCAUUAAAAGGGAGCUUUUAAUGGGAAAAAAAAUUACUUGAAAGUGUUGUAUUACUGGUUCAGAGAUGUCACAUUAAUUUCAUAGUACUGUCAUCAGGGUUAUAGUAUAUAAUCUGGGAUGAUGAUCAUGGUUUAAGUCCAAUGACAAAGAGAAUGCCAUGCUAGGUUAACAUGAAUCGAUUUAAAAAAAAAAAAAAAAAACCCUGUUAUCAUUCCAUUUGCUUUCUUCACUUUUACUGGGUACUUAUAGACUUGUGAUAUCAGAGCUAUAUAAUUUUUAUUUUGUUGCAUUGGCUAAACCGUGCUAAAAGUAGCCUGCAUUAAGUUCUGUUCUCUCUAGUUACAACUGUGCUAGUUAUAACCCAUUUUGAAGAGCUGUUGUUGCAGAUGUGGCUACUAUUGUAGUGUAUGUGUGAUCUCACUUCCCUGCUGGCAUCUUUGCCAAAUUUUCCCCAAACCAACAUUGAAGUCAGAGUGGCAUAUAAAUGUUUUGGGUUUUUUUUUCCCCUCCUCUUUGGUUUUUCCCCCCAUACCCUUGACCUUUCCACUGUGCUGCCCUGCUUUUUUUAUAAGAAGCACUGGCAAAGUUUGUUAAGCCUCAAAUACUACACAUCAGGAUUGAGAGAUAAGCAGCCAUCAUUAUGUAAGAAUAUUUUAUCUUGCAUGUUAAAGAGAGUUAACCAAAGAUGUGUUUCUGCUCUCUCUGCUUUCUUUUAUGGGAAAAACCCAUAAAGUAGCUCUACCCUCAUAUAUUAUUAAGUAUAUCUGAAAGUACAUGUCCUAUGUAGAGUGUCUAGUGUAAUUUAUUUAAAAGCAUAGUUGUCUUUGAACGGAUUAUUUGUGCUUUUAGAUAUUGAAUGUCACUCAGGCUAAAUUAGAGUGUCAUUCCUGAGCUUAGCAGGCUCAGGACUUUUUUGGGAGGGGGAGGUACAGGGGACGGGAAUCUUGGUUUUGUGUUAAGUUAGGAUGUAUAAAGAAUGAAUUUUUUUUCUCUAGUGUUGACAUAUUGCAGACUUGGGUAACAAGUGUAGCUUAUCCACUGUCCCCAACUUAAAAGCAGUUCAUUUGAUUAUCCUAAAUAGAAAUGUGUUGAGUUUGGGGGUUUAGGAGUAGGUGCUAAUCAAAGUCAAAUAAAACUAUAUUAAAAUGCAAAGACAAAAAAAUGUUAAAAAUGUAAGGCAAAAGCCAGAACUGCAUUAUGGGAACUCAAGUGCCUCAGUUGAAUUGAGGUUUGGAAGGCAAGCCUUUUGACAGUCUGUAAUCCCUGUGUGUUUUAAUAGAUAUUGACUCACACCUCCUCCUAAGCUUCCUUUUCUUCUCCAGUUCUUUGUAAUUGUAUCAGUUGGGCAGAAUCAUUUUAAUCAUCUUUUGUAGCUAUAUGAUCUAAUCCUGAAUUUUGCUUCCCAGGGAUUGGAGAUUGGUUGAGACAUUCAAUUAAAAUUCUAUAUGGUCAUUUCUACCUACGUUUUCAUACGUGAAGAUAUUUUUGUGUGAACAGAUUUAAUGUGGUAAAUAUAAAAAGGAAAACUGGGUCAGAUAAAUUUUACACUUAAAAGCUACUGCCUGGAAUUAUAAGAAUUUCUGAAUUUUAGACUUGUUCAGAGAUGUUGUUUCUCUAAUUCACCAUUCCUAUGCAAGCUGGCUUUGCUAAUAAUGAUGUAUUUAUACUUAAAUUUUAAGUUGCAUGGUAUGAACUAAAUUUCCAAUUUUUCUAUAAACAUUGUGAAGAUAAUCAAGCCCCAAAUAACUAGCAAAAUAGUAUUUAUUGGAACCCAUUGCAGUCAAUAUACACUUUAUAUUCUUUGCUCUUUUCACUCAAAAGUCUUUGCUGCUUACUAAUGUAUUAUAUUACACGUGUAAUUUUUUAAAGACUAUGUAGAAGACUCCUUGAUUAAUUUGAGUAAGUGGCCACUUUGGGAACAUUUUUGCACAGCUGGUGGGAAGGCUCUCAAAUAUUACAGAAGCACUGAUGAGAUUCCUUCUAUUCUAUAGACUUCUGUGCUAAUGUUUUUCAAGGUUGCAUUUAUUUUACAGGGAGAAAGCAUGGCUUUAUGCAUGUAAAACAUAGUUAAAACCAUAACUAACAUUUCUACAUGAGGUCACCCAAGUUGAAACAGAAUUAGAGAUUUUUUUAUUGGGGGGGGUCCCUAGUUUGGGAAAUUUCAUUCCUUACCUAGCAUUAGAAGUUAGUGAUGGGGAAAUAGUGUCCCAGAAAUCAGAAUUAAUAGCCGGGGGGUGGGUGGGAGGUUUAGGGAAGGUACAUUUGACUUUUGGGGGCAUUUUAAACUAUUUAUAAAUGGUAAGUCAAAUUUAGUAGUCACAAGUAACUAAGCUCUUCAGAUUUAAAAAAAAAAUUUUUUUUGGCUCCGUUUAUAACCAAAAAAAGUGCACAGGUAUGAGAGAACUAUCGUUUUUGUUUUAUUCCUGUUCUUCUGUAAUCUUGAUAGUAGGAAGAUUCAGAUAUACCUGUUUUUGUUUACAUACAUAUUCAUGGAGUAUUUGGGCACUUCAUCUCAGGUGAAAAUGGUCACUUUAGCACCAAUGCCACUAGUGCUGAAAGAGAAUAUUUUAUUUUUUGGCUUCUCUUUGCCUUUGGUUCUGUAGACAAGACAGACAGACACAGACUUGUUAAGUCUUAUUUUAAAAAGAGACAAAAAUGUUUAAUGCUUAAAGGGAUGUAGCCACCAUGACUGUCCCACAAGAUCAUCAUGUACUUAGCAAUCUACAGAUGCAUGAUUACUUAAGACUUCAGCUUGGAAGAGUGAUCUGAAACAACUCCAAUAUCUGAUUUCAGGUCAGGGCUACUGUGUCAAAGAAAUCCAAUUCCUGCUCCCACAGAAUGGAACUAGAGUGGGUUUACACCACCACUUAGGAAAACUUUUAUAAUUUUUGUUGUCCCAACCUCCCCCCACUACCCCAAUAGUGGGCAGUUUUACCCACAAACUUUGGACCUUAAAGAAAUUGUACAUUAUGAGAAAGGGGGAAUUGGGUUUCCCAGCACAGCAAGGGAGAAUAGCUACACAGAAGAUUCUCAAAGUCAUUCUAUGACUCCCAACAAGUUAAUGUUUUCUAAUUUCAUUAUGGUUUUGUUUGCCCCAGACGCAGUUACCUGCUGGACAUGACACUACUUUAUAAAGCAAGGCUCCUCUGUGAAGCAGAGGUUCUAUGAUUUGAUUUCUUUAUACUCCCCCCCACAAAAAAUUAAAAGGUUCUUCAUAAGAUAAACCUGACCAGAUAAAAGUAUCACUUGGCAUUUAUUGCAAUCUGGUGAAUGCCUAUAGCUUUUAGACACAAGAAGUUGAGAAAGUUUCACGGUCAAAAAGCAAGUCUUCUACAUAUUUAAUAAUUACUUGAAUCCCAUUCCCUUCUCCAGUACUUCUAACAGUGAAUUUCAAGAAAAAUAUUUUGGCAUUCUUCCUGCCAUUCCCUUAAUGAGGUUAUAAUAGGAUGCUGUUAUCUUCCUAAGAUAUAGUAGAAAUGGUAGGAUAGGUACAACUUUCCUUAAGCUUUUUAUCAUGAGCUACGCAGCCCUGCUUUUCCCAGAUGCCCAAGAAUAUUGGCAAGGUGCCCAUUUACCUAAAGAAUGGGGAAAAAAUGAAAGAGGUCAUUCAGUAAAUAGUUUCUUGCACUGUAGGAGCUAUUCAUUGCACAAACCAUUAUGAACACUUGCCUUUGUGUAAUUUCUGGGUUCCACAACCUGGUUGUGAAGAUUCUUAGUAAGUCAGGUGAGCUUUUAGGAUAUUUGUCUUGUUUUUACAAAUUGCAAUUCACAUCUCUAAAAACCACAUCACAGGAACUAGGUUUCUUUGCAAGUCUGAUUUUAAAUGCAAUUUUUCUUGUAUGUUGGGUAUACUUUUCCUUCACUUCUAAUGGGUUAAAGAGAUCUAUUUCUUCUUAGAACCUAAAAGACCAGUGCUUGAAUAUUGAUUGGAGGGGAGGGAGGAAAGUAUUGAGGUGGAAGAAGUCACAAGAUUUUCCAAAAUCCAAGAGUUUUUCAAGAUACUCACCGAGUUUUCCCAAAAUGAUCAUUGGUUAUUAAGAGAUGGUACCAAACAGUGUAAAAUUAGUCUAUUCAAAAUUUUGAUGAAAAGACACCCAGUAGAGAAGGCAGAGUAAAGAUGAAAAAAAAAAAAAAAAAGAUUGAAGUCUAUUCUUCAGAGGCUUUAG